UUCUCAUCGGACUAAGGGCCCUAGGCCGGAAGAGGAUGGCGACGGCUGCUCUGAAGAGAUUUUGGUCCCGAGGUCGCGGAGAAGGGGGCGUUGAGGCUGGAAAUGCUGCCGUGGCGGGGAAGCCAAGCGUGUGGGCGCGGCUGGGCGACUGGGCCCGCGCACUGCUCUGGGACUACGCAGAGGCUUGCCGGGACGCGGUGGCUGCGGCGCGGGCUCGGCCGGGGCGCGCAACACUGUACAUGGGGCUGCUGGGCGGCGCCGCAGCCUGCUGCGCUCUGGCGCCGAGCGAGGAGGCCUUCGAGGAGGCGCUGCUCGAUGCGUCUGGGACUCUCCUGCUGCUAGCGCCAGCCACUCGCAACCGCGAUUCCGAAAGCUUCCUGCAGCGGCUCCUUUGGCUGCGGGGCCGCGGUCGUCUGCGCCAUGUGAAUCUGGGGUUCUGUUCUCUCGUGUACGAGGCGCCCUUCGACUCCCAGGCCAGCCUCUACCAGGCCCGCUGCCGCUACCUGCAGCCCCGCUGGGUCGACUUCCCCGGCCGAAUCCUGGAUGUGGGCUUCGUGGGCCACUGGUGGAUGCUGAGCACCCGGAUGCGCGACUGCGACAUCAACGAUGACGAGUUCCUGCACCUGCCGGCACAUUUGCGCGUGGUCGGACCCCACCAGCUGCACUCCGAGGCCAAUGAGCGGCUCUUCGAUGAGAAGUACAAGCCUGUUGUGCUCACCGACGAUCAGGUGGACCAGGCGCUUUGGGAGGAGCAGGUGUUGCAAAAGGAGAAAAAGGACAGGCUUGUCCUGAGCCAGGCCGACUCGCUAGUGCAGUCGCAGGUCGAAAGAUGAAACCCAGUAAGAGCGUGAGGCCAGACUGGGGUCUGAGCCCUGGCAGACUGUGGAAUGAUGAGAGUGAGACGUAAAUUAUAUGCACUGUUCUCUAACUGCUGUUGUUGAAAACAAGUUUGGAGAGCCAUA